UAAAAUAAUACGCCAAAAGUGUGCAGUGUAGUGAAAAUAUAAAAAGUUUUACUGUAGUUAUUGGAACAAUGUACGAAAAAUUUAUUCAAAUUAAAAACAAAUCCAAGUUGGUUAGUUAAAUGAGUCCAUUUUGGAAAUAUUUAGAUUUAUUUGGAGCCUGUUAAGAUAAAGUUUAGCUAUGGAUGACAAAACAAUUUUAAAGCAAUUGGCUGAACAAAAGCUAAAAGCUUUUGCAGUCGGUAAUAUGGGUAAACGUGCCUUGACCAAACGUGAACUUGAAGAACUUCGUAAGAAGGAGGAAGAUGAAGCUGCGGCCUUUGCAUUCCAAGAGUUUGUUAGUACAUUUCAAGAUACGCCAUCAAAUUCUAAUCGAAUUUGGGUAAAAGCGGGUACUUACGAUGCUGGAGCUAGACGUGAGGAUACCAAAGAAAAAGGUAAAUUAUACAAACCACAAUCUCGGCUAUCCUCAAAUAAUGAAAAUUUAUCAUCGGCCGAAAAAGCACAAGAGUAUGCUCGAUUGUUAGCUGGUGACGUGAAACCAGAACGGUUAGGGAAAAAGAAAGAAAAUAAUAAGAAAAAGAGUAAUUUAGAAUUAUUUAAAGAGGAAUUAAAACAAAUUCAAGAAGAGCGUGAAGAACGACAUAAAUAUAAAGGACUGGUUAAAAUACCGUUAGAACCGGAUAUUGUUGAUUUAAAUCAAAAACAGGAUAUGGGCUCAUUCGAUAAUGGAGAUCCAAAUACAACUAAUUUAUAUUUGGGAAAUUUAAAUCCAAAAAUAACGGAAACGCAAUUAAUGGAAUUAUUUGGUAAAUAUGGUCCAUUAGCGAGCAUCAAAAUAAUGUGGCCACGAUCAGAAGAAGAAAAAGCUCGAGGUCGUAACUGUGGAUUUGUUGCAUUUAUGAAUCGUAAAGAUGGUGAACGCGCUUUGCGUAAUUUAAACGGUAAAGAUGUUAUGGGGUAUGAAAUGAAGUUAGGUUGGGGAAAAUGUGUUCCAAUCCCACCACAUCCAAUUUAUAUACCUCCCUCACUCCAGGAACUAUCAAUGCCACCUCCAACAUCUGGAUUACCAUUUAAUGCACAGCCAAUUGAAACAGAUGCUCUCAAAGAUUUGGACAAAAAUGAUUCAACGUUGUUGGAUAAGAUUUUAUCUCAAUCGAUUGUGAAGGUUGUGGUGCCUACAGAUAGAAAUGUGGUAGCCCUAAUUCAUAGAACGAUCGAAUUUGUAAUUCGUGAAGGUCCUUUAUUUGAGGCAAUUAUUAUGAAUCGAGAAAUCAAUAAUCCAAUGUUUAGGUUUUUAUUCGACAAUCAAAGUCAUCAGCAUACGUAUUAUCGUUGGAAGUUAUUUUCAAUGAUGCAAGGAGAUACCCCAAAAGAAUGGCGAACUGAGGAUUUUCGAAUGUUUGAAGGCGGUUCGAUUUGGAGGCCACCACCAAUGAACAUUUAUACUCAAGGCAUGCCAGACAGUUUGAUCGUGGAUGAAGAUUUACGUGAACCAUCAAAGGGAGCCUUAUCGGUUGCACAACGUGAUCGUCUAGAAGAAUUAUUACGUAAUUUAACACCAGAUCGCAUGAAGAUUGCUGAAGCCAUGGUAUUUGCUAUGGAGCACAGUGAAGCUGCGGAUGAAAUCUGUAGUUGUAUUGCGGAAUCUUUAUCAAAUGUAGAAACUUUAAUUCAUAAAAAAUUAGCACGAAUCUAUCUUGUAUCAGAUAUAUUACAUAAUUGUACAGCUAAAAUUAAUAAUGCGUCAUACUAUCGACGAGCGUUAGAAAUUCGAUUGAAUGAUAUUAUAAAGAAUGCAAAUAUUGCGCAUUCGGCACAAGACAGUCGAUUAAAAGCCGAAGGCUUUAAAGUGCGAGUUGAACGAGUGUUAGAAGCAUGGAAAGAUUGGUCGGUGUAUCCUCGUGAGUUGAUUGAAAAUUUAGAAAAUAUUUUCCAUGGAAUUGACACGGGUGCCGCUUAUAACUAUAAGGCAACACUUUCAAAAGAAGAAUCGGAUGACAUAUACGCUCGGAUACAACAAAAUGAGGAAGAUAGUGACGAUGGAAUUCCAUUAGAUGAGGAUGCCGAUGGCGAAGCUGUACCAUUUGAUGGAGCUGCGCUAUUAAAAGGUGCAAUUCGUCAUGGAAAUCCACCUAAAGUUGAAUCCUAUUCGAAAUUCAAUGAUUUUAAUAAUGAUUCUCCUAAUGAAGAUGCAGACGGAAUGCCUUUAACACCACCGUCAAAUGAGGAAAAAACUGCUACACCCAUGUUUGUUCCAUCUCGUUGGGAAACUGUUGAUCCAGAACAGGUGGAAGCGCAAGCAAUGACAACUAGUAAAUGGGAUCAAUUAGAGCCAACAUCUCUUGAUGGCGAAGAAGUGAAUGACAGUGAUUCAAGUGGGGAAGCAAUGAACUCACAAAAAAUGAAUUUUGAUAUGAAUGAUUCCAAAAUGAGCGAAGAACGUCGCAGAAAGUUACGUGAAGUGGAGCUAAAAGCGAUGCAGUAUCAAGAUGAAUUGGAAGCAGGACAUCGUACGUUGAAAAGUGGUUGGACCGUUACCCAGCAAGUGGAGCACUAUCGUCGAAAAUUACUUCGCAAAAUGGAUAAAAAACUCGCUGAUAGCAAAGAAAAAGCGAAAGACAGAGACUCUCCAAAUUUAGAUCGUUCGAACAAAUCACGACACAGUUUGGAUAUGGGCAGUUCGAGAUCGGAUCGUUCUAAGCGGAGUUUAACACCAGAUACAGAGUAUUCCGGCAGUUGCCGAAAAUAUAAAAAAAAGUCGCGCAGUUCAUCACGAAGCAUCUCACCAGCUAAAUUAAGAAGUAACAGAUCAUCUCGAAGUGCUACUCCCAUAGACCGUAAAUCUCGUUCACGUCGUUCAAGAUCACUUGGGAGAGAAGAAUCAUUAUCUCCCCCAACGCCACCACGUAUCAACAAGAAAUCACCAAGUCGAAGACGGCGAGCAGCUGAAUCACCAUCGUGGACUGGGACUGGUAGUAAUAGUGCUCGUUCACGUUGUAGCCCUUCCCCACAUUCCGCUCGAUAUCUAUCACCUGUGAACUCUAAAUAUAUGUUAACUAGUCCAUCACCGCCCCCAGUACGUGGUUCAUCGUCGCGACGAUCAAAUCGUCAUGUGGAUUCACCAGGUACCCCACCACGUAUAAGUGCUUCAUCAUCGUCGAAAAGUAGUCGACGACGUGGCUCAUAUUCACCGAACUCAAAACGUUUAUCUCCAACAUUAUCGACAAAAAGUAAACAUAGUAGAAGAACUUUAACGCCGUCGCCACCACGUAAAUCGAAACGGGCUCGGUCGCGUAGUAUUUCGCCAGUGGACUCAAACAGUCAAAGACGUCAUAAACAUCGCUACUAGUUCUUUUUGUUUAUUUUUUUAAAUUUCAGUGUAUAAUUUUUAAGCUUAAGACGUAUAUUUUUUUUUUUUGUUUGUUUCAUCAGCCAAUGUAAAUUAAAUUUUUUUUAUUGAUAAUGUUAGGCGAUCACACUUUUAUAAAUACGAAAUUUUAGUAAAUAAUCUCUGAAUCACUUGAUAGUCUAAUAAUUUGGAAGGACUUAACACCAUCUCCUGCAUUUCGGAUUUUUUACUGAAUAGUCUAGUCAACAAGUUUAAAUUGGGAAUAUAGAGAUAAGGGUCGUACAAAUACGUGUGAUAGCUCGUUGGAUUCGGAAUGAUGUCUAGAAAAAUGCUUCCGGUAUGUUUCUAGACAUCAUUCAGAAUCCAUCGAGCUAUCACACGUAUUUUUACGCCCCGUAUCUCUAUGUUUCAUCAAUUUGUACUUGUUGACUAGACUAUGAAUUGUUUAUGAUGUUGGUAAACUUGUAAAUAUUAAAAAAAACCGCGAAAUUCUCUAGUUGUCGCAACCCUUUAGACUGAUCACUUUUUUCGUAUCACACCCAUUACUCUUGUGAUGACAGAAAAUCUCACGCUAUUGUGCAAGCGCCAAGAACGAAAAUUCAAACUCUGUUUACAAUUGGUUUUUAAGUUACAUAUGUUUACGUGUGGAAACACAUUAAUCCAUAUGAAUAAGUAGUAUAUUCAAUCGUUCUGAAAGGUUAAUAUUGCCAAACAAGCAAAAUAAAUUUGAAACCAGAACCGGCGCAAAGAUAAAAAAAUUUCUAAAAUACAAAUAAUGGAAUUUCGUGAUUUAAAAAAUUUUGGGCAAUCUUGUGGUCGGUAUUCGAGGUGGAAAACUUUGGUUAUUUGUUUACCCAUCAUAAAUAACUCAGAUAAAAGUCAGAAUUAGCCGGACUAACGCAAUGAUAUCUUACGAUUAUUGAAUUACUAUGCGAUGCACCCAUUUUUUUUUCCUCAAAAAAUUAUAAAUAUUUAAAAAAUCGUUAACUUAAACUGUGAUUUAAAAAAAUAUAGUUAAGGAUUCUAAUGGAUUCGCCCAACAAAAUUCUAUUUCUUGUGGGACGAAUCCAUUUUCAAUAAAAAUUUAAUUCACAUUUUUUUGCUACGCCAUUCGACUUAUUUUUUUCUACAUUUCGUUUUUUUUAAAGAAAGCAUGCUUUGAAAUAUGUGUUUUUUCGACAUAAACCUUCACGGACGUGAAUCAAUUAAAAAACCGAACAAAAUGUACAGAGUGAUCGAAAAGUACUGAGACAGAAGAAUAAAAAUUAUGAUAAAAAGUUGUAGUAGGGAGUGAUCUUGGAUAACUUAACUAUCAAGAUCAUUUAAAAGUAAUCUAAAGAUUGAAAAUUAUGGAGAAGUCUGGGAAUUUUAGUAUCGGUCAGGGGGAAUGAAAAAAAAAUAUAUUUAAGAGCUGCGACAUGGAAGUAUAACGCAAGUUACACUUCCAUGGCAUUUAGAUCCGCAAAAAACUUUUUAAAACAAAAACAUCUAUUAUUUAGGGAUCCCAGGCCAUCAACAUGUUACUGACUUGCUUGUCACAGCCUCUCUCAAAGAAAUUGCAGUGAAAACCAGUUUUUAAAAGUACCAUAAUAAUUAGUUCCAAGCUUUUGUCACUAAACUCUUCCAUUGUACUUUUUUUAUGCGUAAUCGCAAUCAAACUGUGAUAAAAUCUAACAACAUAUUGACAUUGUGUGGGUUUGAGCGCCAAGUAGCAGAAAGUGGAACUAAAUUUAAAUCACUAGGCUACGCAAGUUGAUCCCUUUUAAAUGAUCUUAAAAGUCGAGCUAAAAAUCAAAUACACACAAUUUCUUUAACUCCACAACUUUUUUAUAAAAAUUAUUUUCUUAAAUCGUCGAGUUCUUCCCCUGUAUCAGUACUUUUCUACCAGCUUGUAUAAAGAAAAAUAUAGAAGUUAUAUUAUUUAAUUUCGCGUGCCAAUUUUCAUUUUGUAAUAGUAACAGUUAUAAAAAAAAAUUUUCCCGUUUGGUAGAAGACUUUAAAAUAAUGGCUUAUUAUUUUUACAAAAAAAAAUUAUUUAGGAGUCAGUAAGUCUGUCAUUACUCAAACUUUGCGCAUUUGCACAAAUCAUUCCAAGUGCGUAUCGAAUCAAAUAGUUUCAAAUAGUUCAUCAUAGAUUUCUUAUUCCAAGAUUAAAAUUCGUUAGUUAAAUUUUUAAAGCUAUUCCCCAUACGAUACGAAUAACAAGGUAGAUCAUUUAUGCAAAACUAUUUAUUCUGUCUGUCUUCCAAUUAGUCUUAGAAACCACGCGUACACGCCCAGAGUAAUUCAAGGAGAGACAUUUGCGGCUCUUUUGACUUUUAAAAUUCUUCUGAUUCCGUAAAGGGUGUGGUAUUUUGAAGGAGGAGUACAAAAAAUGAAAUAAUUUCAGAAUCGUCUUAAGAUUCUUCCCACCCGUAGAUUAGAAGCGUUACUUAAAAAUCAUUCUUUUCCCAGGAAAAGUCGUCUGAAAAAAUAAACUGGAACACAAAAGAGUCAGAUUUGAGUGAACUAACUCAAUCUUUUGGUGUUUCAGUUUGUCUUUCAGUCGUCAAAAGUCAAAAUGAACCACAAAAGAGUUCCGUUGGGGAACACAAUUCAACCGAGCUAUCAUUUUUUUCUCGGAGGUCGAUGAUAAAGAUUUUUGUGACCUGUAAUAGAAUAUGCGCAUUGACAUACCUUGUUCUUUAUAUCAUGCCUCUUAACCAUUACUGCCCCCCCCCUUUUUCGCUAUCACCCCCCUCAAAAUUAGACGAUAUAUUUUACAGGUGACUAUUAAUUCCUACAAAAAAUUGUAUGUAUAUAAUUUAAGUCUCAAAAGAAAAAUUUUUGGACAUUUUUAUUUUGUUAUAUUUAAUUUCGAGAUUCA